AUGGGCAAAGGGGGCAAGCAACAACAAGAAGCCUCCCUCAGCAAACGAGUGGCAUUAAACCCAAAGACAUCAGCAUCGUUUCCUGCCGCAAAGAAUCUAGCUUCAUCACUCCCGGACAAGCUCCUAUCCAGCAGAAAUAACAGCAAUGGACACAUAUCACCGGCCGCUGAAGCAUCCUCUCAUCAUUCCUUACCCCCCUCAUCGACAUUAACACUUGGUGGCUCCAGUCUUCAUCAAACACCAAACACGUAUUGGACGACACUCAAGAAGAGAGGUGUAUUGCUCAAGAAUAGUAGAAAGAAUGCGGGAUCUGCUGAAUCUUCGAUACGCAAGUCUAUUAGGAGUUGGUUGCUAAAGUCUGUGAGGAGUGAAACACCUGCACUUGUCAGGUUUCAGCAACACUAUUCGUCGGGGUUUAACGAUUGGGUGUUUACGUAUAUUGGGAUAUUUGGAACUCAUGAGGCCUACUUGACAUUAUUACCAAUGCUCUUCUUUGCCGAUGCUGACGAUGGUAGUGAAUAUAACCGCCAUCACUUUGGAAGAGGCUUGCUCAUGGUUCUAGCUGCGGGUGUUUAUAUCACUGGACUAGUGAAGGACUAUCUAUGCCUACCACGUCCACCAUCACCGCCACUAAUCCGAAUGUCAACCUCCUCAACAACACAUCUCGAAUACGGGUUUCCAUCAACACACAGCGCAAACGCUGUCUCAGUGUCAUUAUACUGUAUAUCGUAUCUCGCUUUCUACAUAUGGCCUUCGUUAGAAUGGACUCUUACGCAAUGGAUCUUGCAAAUUGGGUUGGCGAGUCUCUUGGUUUUAUAUGGAAUCACAGUACCCAUAAGUAGGAUCUAUACUGGGAUGCAUUCUAUGACGGAUGUUGUUGGUGGGACUAUUGUCGGGGCGUUGAUUACUGUUGGGUAUAUGAUUGGAUUGGAGCCUUUUGAGAGGUGGUUGAAUGGUGGUGUUGAAGUUCCAGUAAUACUAUUCAUAAUAUCAAUCCUCUCAUUAUGGAUAUACCCAGACCCACAUGAUGCUUGCCCAUGCUAUGACGACUCGGUAUGCUUUGCAUCUGUAGUCUGUGGUUUCCUGACUGGAAACUGGGCUGUAAGAGCAUUGGGACACUCUUAUAUGGCACUAUCAAAUGACGAAGCGCUGGCCGCUAUCUCUUGGAGUGAAUGGAGUCGUAUUGCUGGGUUGAGAAUGCUUGUUGGUGUCAUUGCUGCAAUAAUAUGGAAGAUUGUGUCGAAACCUGUCUUCAAGGCAGUGUAUAAGACUUGUGGAGUGCCACAUGAGCGACCACAUUCUCCCAACGGACAAUUCAAGCUACCCAAAUACACCACCGACACAUUCGCAAGAUUCUGCUCAUAUUUCGGAGUGGGAUAUUGUGUUUCUUUGGCAAUGCCACUUGUGUUUAAGACUGUUGGUCUUGUGCAUUAA